AUGACGUUGACUGAUGACGGCGUUGGGGGCAACGAACUGUUUUCUGGGGAAAAGGUCGAAGAUGUCGCCACGCCGCCGGCUGUAGCAGGCCCCUUGGCGGCGAACGGUACGCUGUCCUCUACGGAUAACGAGUCAGAGAUGGUUAGCGGGGAAGAGGUUGCUGUCAAGAAGAAAAAGCGAAGGGGAAAGCGAGGUGUGCGGAAGGGAAAAAAGCAGAUGGAAGGAUUUGCCGGAUUUCCACUUGCACCCGGUCUCGGUCCGGAAUUCGCGGGACAGCCGCGCAGGCGGCUUCCUAAGGCGCCUUCGCUAGAGAUCAUGCGUGGCGAACACGAUCUGUCGGAGUAUUGUCUUCAAGACGAAAGCGGCAGCCAGACCGGCAGCGACGCGACGCCAAAGAUCGCGCCCGAUGGUGCUGGCCGCACGAUCGACAACGGUCAGAAGGAUCUUUUGUCGGCACCUGGGCACACGCGCAGCGCGGUCGUAGAUGAUGGCGGUGGCAAUGGAUACGCAUCGGUUGCAGACAAGAGGGGCGUAAGCGCCCAACGCAACAAUCAAGAAGACGGAGCCGACCGAAACAACGGAUACGAUGAAGAUGACUGCGACGAGGACGAUAUCUUGGGGGACACCGAAGCGGAGGAGGUGUACACUGACCUUCAUCCUGCUUCCGUGGAUGUCGAGGAGCACAGGCAGAUCGCAGCUUCGCGCCAACAGUCGGGAGAUCCAUCAGACUGGGGACACCUUGCCACCGCAGACGCCAAUCGCCCAUUCGGCGACAAGCCCGAGUCCCAUCGCGGAGGCUACUAUGCGCAUCCGCAGUACUCGCCGCAAGACAGCGAGAACGACGCUCGCAAGAGCAACAUCAGUUACGCCAUCCCUGGAAUCCAAGCAGUGGUGGUGGCGGUCGGGGAAAGAGGGAGCGGAGAGGGAGAAGGAGCCGCCUUGUGUCACUCCAACCGGCGACUUCCGACUCCUGGUAGCACCUCCAGCGGCAGGCUGAGAAACACGCCUCUAACCAACCCUCCAGAAACCCCUGCCACCGCUAAGUAUGCCGGUGGCAGUUCAGUGUUCUUCCCGCAAACACGAGCUCGUUCAAGCGAAGGCGGCGGCAAAGGUUCAGGUUCAGAGGGCGUUAUCGGUGAGGAGGCUGGCUGCGGCAGGACGGGGAGCUACACCAGUCCGACCACACCGAUGACCGCACAGGUCUCUCCGACGGAGCACUUUGGUAGCCGCAUCAGCGGCAGUGGCAGGGGAUCGUCAGGAGUCAGCGACAACACUCUCACCCCAGCAACAAGCGCCUUGGCCUCGAGCCCGUCAACAAAGACCGAGCAACAACAGCAGCUCUCUGAAGGUGCCCACAUCGAUUCUACAAAUGAUGCGGUGGGAGAUCGCGACGAGUCUUUGCUCCUCAGAUCCGAUGGAGCUGGGCCUUCGAACAUCGACGUGCACGCCGCUUUCACUGACGAUACCGGUACCCCGCGGCACUGGGGAUCAUGGGCAGCAUCCUGUCUCCCUCGCGAACCAAGUAGCGAUACCCCCACCCCUGAAGGGUCAGGAGCGGGCGGGCCGGGGGAACGGGAGCCGCCAAGGGCGAGGAAUGGUAACGGCCCGCGACACCGCCUGGAACGAAGCAGGCUGAUUUCUCCGCCGCGGUACAGAGCCACCGUCGCCGACGUCCAGGAGGCGUUCGAGCGCGCGGACACGCGGGUUGCUAAGGGUCAAGAACAAGGCCUUUUCGGAGAGGGUUGCAGCAGCGACGGUGGCGGUCCGAAACGCGCGCAGCCCCAGGAGGGGGACGGUGCCAGAGACAGCAGCGGGGGCAUCCAGUCGACGUCAAAGCUGGUUGUGCAAGACGCCAACCCGCCAGGAGGCGCGCCGCCGCCGUCAGACGUCGUGGACUCGUGCGCCAUGGAAUCGCGAGUCCGACAGCAGCGUGGAAGCCCCGGGGUUGCCGAGUUCAACCCCCAGGUGCUGCAGCGGCAGGCAGAACACCUGCUGAAUCCCAAUCAGGAACGCCCGCCGCUGCAGCGCAACCAGGGACAAGACCCGGACAGUUUUUGUGGAGCGAUCGGGGCAGGAAGUGAGCCGCUGCCGGCGCCGGCCGGGAAGGCGGAUGCGGUAGAAAGUGAUGGUCAGGGGGACCCGAACUCCCCGUAAGGGGCACGAUUGCACACAUGACGCCUCUACGAGACGGUUGGGUAGUAUUCCCGCGGCUUUCUCCGAAGGCAGGGAAAGCGUCGAUACCCUCGCCCAGAGCGCUUUGGGCGUGAAUACCCACAUCGCCCUUCGAGCGGCCCGCCGAACUUUUCGCGGCCAUCUGAUUUUAGGAGGUUUUUGUUAAGCUAGGUUGGCCAGAGCCAUACGUGCUCUGUACCGGCUCUGUGGCGGUGCGAGGGUCAUAUGGCUCGAGAUGUACACGGUUACGCACGAGAACGAGUACAACUUUCUCCCAAACACCGAAGGGGGGUAGGAUUUGCAAAAACUGGCGCCCGGAAAAGAAACGACAUUUUCGGGUCGAGGCCCAAGUCCAUUUCACGCCAACUCUGUUGAGACAUACUCUAGGUUGUUCAAAACAAAGCUUAGUAAAGGAUCAUCCACCGCUCAGCUGCGUUUCAUAAGCGUUUCGUCCUAUUUUGUUCGCGACAAUUUAAGCCUUUAUCUCGCUACAGAAGUUUCUUCACUGCAGGUCCCUGCUGAAACUGCUGCCUAACGUCGCAGCGUGAACACGUUGGUACACAUCGGUCUCGACUCGUGUCUGCUCGAAGAGAGCAUUACCGGAGCCCAACUUCAAAAGCGUGUGCGUUCUUGGUGGAUCUACGUAGGCACGCAACCCACGAGCACACUGCCCGGCCAAGGACCACAUCUCUGUCGACACGCGUCGUCCUGACGCCCGCAAUCACUCUUUCCCAUUUAAAUUUGUGAUCCCUAUCGUCAGCGGGUGUGCGUUGUCGCCUUGACGGGCGAAGCGAUCAGGGAGCUUUCGUUGACGAGGCUGUGGGAGUCGUGAUUCGCGCACCUGAUCUGUGAUCGGUCAGGGGAGGACCGCGCGGGAGGAAAUGAACACCAGCUGGGAAGAAUGUGAUUGGGGGAUUGCUGGAGAGAAGAUUUUCUGGUGGAGCACCGGCGUAGAAGGCAAGGAAGGGGCGUUGAUCCAAGGAGGGCAGGAUGGCAAGUCCCGUGAGCUGAACUCAAUUCUAACGUUCACAGCUCAGAAUCCAAUCAGCUUUUUCGUUGUAAAUGUUCCGGUAGGGAACUGACGGUGCGUCCUACGCACCGGUCGUCCUCUAUGCUGUUGAUCGACCAGGAGGAGGGUAACUAACAGUCGCGCCAGCAAUAGUAGAUGUAUUGCACGAGUGGCGUCAGUUUCCCGCAGAUUCAGGCGGGUUUCAGAUCUAAGUUUUGUUGAAGGCUUGCUUGAGUGUUCAAGCACAAGCGUGUCAUGUGUGAUACCUCUGCCGAUGGGUGUCUGUUUUUCUUGCCUGCCUACUUGGUGGUGAAAAAAAUCACGUGUGCGUUGUUUGUGGUACCCUAUUACCGUGGUAUUGGCAGCUGGUUUGUUUUGAAUGAGCGCGGGAAACUGUGCCGAAAAGGGAAACAAGGGAAAGGAAAUCAUCGAGGUGUGGCGUGGAGCAUCAUCAUCAUAUUGUGGUCUUUCUGGUAGAUGUGAGCAAGAGCUCCAAUGUUUGCGCAGACAAGAGAUAAUGGUGCAACCACUUCGGGUGUAGGUUGCGGGUGAGCUCAAAGACCGGGGCACGAUGUUGGUGGAUGAAGGCUCGGGAAA